AUGGGAAAUCGAAAGCGGGGGGACAGGGGGUGGGGGGGGGUGGGGUGCGCAAGCGGCAGUGACCGCGGGGGCCAGGUGCGUGCGGCCAUCGACACCAUAAAAUUAAUAACCAGUCGAGCCUCCCAACCAAUGCACUUGGUCUCAUGCGCGCUUCACACAUGGUGCGUUGGGGUCCGGGCGGCUUUAAUUUACCACAAUGGGAGUCGGUUCCGAGAAGCGUUCGGCGGCGAGGCGGGCCGAUUCCCCGACGAAAACAAACAGAAAAUAAUUAUCAUAAAGAUGAAGAGCGGCCGCUCGGAGCGCUCCGCUGCUAAUGGGGGCCCACCUGGCAGCCGAACCUCGCGCCCUCACACAUACGCACCAGGCACCCAAGACACGGACGCCAACGCAUUCCAUCAGACC